AGAGUGACGCGGGGUGGGCUGGAGACGUUUCCCGCCCUCUGGGAAGAGUAAAUGGGCCGCCCACCUGCCGGGCCUCGGCCGCCCGCACCUGCUCGUGAGAAGCCGCUGGCUGGGGCACCGCCCCCGGUCCCCGCCCGGGUCCGCGCACUGGGAGCACGCUGGCCCUUUAAGAGCGCGGCGGCCGCGGCGCGCGGGGAGGAGGGCUGGGAGCGCCCGGAGCCGCGCUGAACUCGCCGGGGACGUCGGGCGCCCGCUCCUUGGCUGGCUGGCUGGCUGGUUCGCUCGCUCGCUCUCUCGGGUGGGCUCCCUGCGCCUCCUCCCGGGACUGCGUGGGGACCCGGGCCCGGUCGGGCGCGGCGGCGAGCAGAAUCCCCGGGCAGGAGGCACGCGCUCCGGGCAGCGCCCGGCCCCGGGCAUGGACAGAGGGAGCUGGGCGCGCAGGGGGCGCCGCGGGACCGGGCGGCCGGAGCGCUGAGCCAGACAAAGGCUCUGGAGUUGCGCUCGCUCUCGGGAGCCGGGCCCCAGGCUCUGGGCGCCAAGGCUGCGGGACCCCGCGGGGGGUAGCUCCGGCCGGCCCCCUUUCCCGCCCGCUGAUUCCGAGCUCCCGGACCUGCCCUGCCCGCUUCUCCUCGGGCUUGGGAAUUUGCCGAGGCGACCUAGGCGGCUCCAGCGGGGACCGGGAGCCCGAGGUGCGCGGCGCGCCCGCCGGGCCAGGAGCCAGGGAGCGUCGCAAGUUUCCAAGGCGCGUGCGAGGACCCGGCGUGCAGUGUUCCGGGCCGGGCUGGGCGCCGAGAGCAUGGGCAGCAACCGGAGCGCGCCCGGACGGCCGGGCUGGACUGGCAGCCUCCUUGGCGACUGGGAGGAGGCGGCGCGGCCGCGACUGCUGCCGCUGCUCCUGGUGCUUCUGGGCUGCCUGGGCCUUGGCGUAGCGGCCGAAGACGCAGAGGUCCAUGCCGAGAACUGGCUGCGGCUCUAUGGCUACCUACCCCAGCCCAGCCGCCAUAUGUCCACCAUGCGUUCUGCCCAGAUCUUGGCCUCAGCCCUUGCUGAGAUGCAGCGCUUCUACGGGAUCCCAGUCACGGGUGUGCUCGACGAAGAGACCAAGGAGUGGAUGAAGCGGCCCCGCUGUGGGGUGCCGGACCAGUUCGGGGUACGAGUGAAAGCCAAUCUGCGGCGGCGGCGGAAGCGCUAUGCCCUCACCGGGAGGAAGUGGAACAACCACCAUCUGACCUUCAGCAUCCAGAACUACACGGAGAAGCUGGGCUGGUACCACUCGAUGGAGGCGGUGCGCAGGGCCUUCCGCGUGUGGGAGCAGGCCACACCCCUGGUCUUCCAGGAGGUGCCCUAUGAGGACAUCCGGCUGCGGCGGCAGAAGGAGGCCGACAUCAUGGUACUCUUUGCCUCUGGCUUCCAUGGCGACAGCUCGCCGUUUGACGGCACCGGUGGCUUUCUGGCCCACGCCUAUUUCCCUGGCCCCGGCCUGGGCGGGGACACCCAUUUUGACGCAGAUGAGCCCUGGACCUUCUCCAGCACUGACCUGCAUGGAAACAACCUCUUCCUGGUGGCAGUGCAUGAGCUGGGCCACGCGCUGGGGCUGGAGCACUCCAGCAACCCCAAUGCCAUCAUGGCGCCGUUCUACCAGUGGAAGGACGUGGACAACUUCAAGCUGCCCGAGGAUGAUCUCCGUGGCAUCCAGCAGCUCUACGGUACCCCAGACGGUCAACCACAGCCCACCCAGCCUCUCCCCACUGUGAUGCCACGGCGGCCAGGCCGGCCUGACCACCGGCCGCCCCGGCCUCCCCAGCCACCACCCCCAGGUGGGAAGCCAGAGCGGCCCCCAAAGCCGGGCCCCCCAGCCCAGCCCCGAGCCACAGAGCGGCCCGACCAGUAUGGCCCCAACAUCUGCGACGGGGACUUUGACACAGUGGCCAUGCUUCGCGGGGAGAUGUUCGUGUUCAAGGGCCGCUGGUUCUGGCGAGUCCGGCACAACCGCGUCCUGGACAACUAUCCCAUGCCCAUUGGGCACUUCUGGCGUGGUCUGCCUAGUGACAUCAGCGCUGCUUACGAGCGCCAAGACGGUCGUUUUGUCUUCUUCAAAGGUGACCGCUACUGGCUCUUUCGAGAAGCCAACCUGGAGCCCGGCUACCCACAGCCGCUGACCAGCUAUGGCCUGGGCAUCCCCUAUGACCGUAUCGACACAGCCAUCUGGUGGGAGCCCACAGGCCACACUUUCUUCUUCCAAGAGGACAGGUACUGGCGCUUCAACGAGGAGACACAGCGUGGAGACCCUGGCUACCCCAAGUCCAUCAGUAUCUGGCAGGGGAUCCCUGCCUCCCCUAAAGGGGCCUUCCUGAGCAAUGAUGCAGCCUACACCUACUUCUACAAGGGCACCAAAUACUGGAAAUUCGACAAUGAGCGCCUGCGGAUGGAGCCCGGCUACCCCAAGUCCAUCCUGCGGGAUUUCAUGGGCUGCCAGGAGCACGUGGAGCCAGGCCCCCGGUGGCCCGACGUGGCCCGGCCGCCCUUCAACCCCCACGGGGGCACAGAGCCCGGGGUGGACAGCGCAGAGAGCAACAUGGAGGAUGGGGAUGGGGACUCUGGGGCUGGGGCCAACAAGGACGGGGGCAGCCGCGUGGUGGUGCAGAUGGAGGAGGUGGCACGGACGGUGAACGUGGUGAUGGUGCUGGUGCCACUGCUGCUGCUGCUCUGCGUCCUGGGCCUCACAUAUGCGCUUGUGCAGAUGCAGCGCAAGGGUGCGCCGCGCGUGCUGCUGUACUGCAAGCGCUCGCUGCAGGAGUGGGUCUGACCCCCCGGCGCUCCUGCUCACGGUGCUCAGGGGGCACCUGUGGUUUUGAGAUGGCUCCCAGGGGCUCCCUCCGCCCCCAGGUAGGGGCCCCUCUCAGCCCUCACACACCCUGUCUGCCCCGCCCUCAUUAUUUAUGCCCAGGUGUUUGUUUUGUUUUGUUUUUGGCACCUUACUUGACCAUUUGUUUCUGUUUCCCCGACCGGGGAAGGGUGUUUAGAAUUUUCUAACUGUAGUUCUGCUCCAGACAGGGAAUUAGGCCCCCAUCGUCCUCUGGCUUGGCCACAGCUAGAGGAGCAGAGGGGCAGAGGCCCACGUUGGAAGAGUAGCCCCUCCUCAGCCUGAGCCCCGGGCCGUAACUGCAGACUCUUUACCCAGUUGGAGACUGGCUGGCCCCCCUGGUCCGCUCCCUCCCAAGUGAGUCUCUCUGGGCCUGAGGAAGAGCUUUCCACCCAGGGGCAGCCCCAGGCCGAAGGGGACCUGGAAGGGAGGUGGGCCGUGGCCCCUGAGCCUGUGUUGAGGCUUGGUUCCUUCCCAAUCCACUUCUGACAGCCUCAGCGACCCUGGCUCCUUGUGCCUGAGAACCCAGCCCACCCCCAGCAGCAACUCCCAGCUCCCACCUCCCCUUGGGCCCACACCUCGUUCCCUCUCUGGAGAAAGGGCCCUGGGCCUGCCUCACCACGGACCAAAGGGAGUAUGCCAAGGCCCCUCUCCCCGGGGUAGCAGCAGCCUCGCCCCUAGCAGAGAUGCCUCCCUGAGCUAGAACCCUCUGUCCCCCCCGCUGCACCUCCUCCUUCCCUCUCCCACUCACACCACCAGCCUCAGGGGCCUAAGCUCCAGCUCCCUCAGGCUUCAGUUGCCAGUGUCCUGAGCCCCAGGGAGAGGGGGCUGACGGGUGCCUAGGCCUGGGCAGUGGAUGGCUGUGAAUGGGUGCCCACCUUUUGGGUGCCCACAGUGCCGGGCACUGGGCAUGCGGAGUUCCUCCCUUCCAGCUCCCUGUGCCCGCAGGGUCCUGGGAGGAGAGACACUGGUGGGGAUAGGCCAGCCACGCAUCAGACUGUGAACCCCACUAAGGAGCCCAUUGUGGCCUGAGGCUGCCCUCCUCCGGGGUUCAGCCCUGAGGACAGAGAUGCCUCCUUCCUCUUUUCCUUCCCAAAGCAAGCAGGAGGCUGUGGCUGCUGUGGGAAAUGGUACUGUACAGCUGGCUCUGCUUCCCCAUGGCCCUGAGCGAGUGGGGUCUGCCACCCAGGAUCCCCGAGGCGCUUUGGGGGCGAAGGGUUCUGCUGGCCUCUGCGAGUGGUUUCUCGUGCACUGGCACCAAGUGCGGGUCCGGCAGCUUCUGCCCCCUGCAGAACCGGAGAGCCAGCCAAGGGGUGGGGCUGCGGGGGUUCCGUGUCCACCCCCAUACAUUGAUUUCUGUAAAUAAUGUGCACUGAAUAAAUUGUACAGCUGGCAA